UGCCGUUCAGUUGAAGAGCAUGUGCUGUCUUUAACCAGAGAUGUCAGUCCCUCGUUUUGGCUGCACAACUAUGCAUUCAGAAAGCACCAUUCUAGUGUUCUUCCUGCUCAUCUCUCCAGGUGUAUCUAACUCAGAUUGGAAAGUGGACUUUGAUUCCAACAAAUGUGUCCCCCAGAAUUCCUCAGUAGAUAUCAGUUGCUCCUACACAUAUCCCCAUGGUUACACACCCCUGAAAUCAAUUUGGUUUGAAAAUAACACCCCGAAGGAUUUUAGCGAUGCAAAUAGGAUUGACAGAUUGACAUAUCUGGGGGACAAAAGACAUAACUGCACCCUGAGAAUUACAGAUGUGAGAGACAGUGAUGCUGGAUCAUACAAGUUCAGGUUUGAAACAGAUAAAUCAGACGGGAAAUGGACAAGUCAAUCAACAUUCACUCUGUCUGUCACAGCUCUGCUGGUAGAGAUGAAUCCCCCCACAGUGAAAGAGGGACAGAGUGUGACUCUGACAUGCCGCUCCUCGUGUCCUGAUGACUCCAACCCCAGCUACAUCUGGUACCACAACACACGGCCUGUAAACAGCCAGCCGGCAAUAGGUGGCAACACACUGACUCUGAGCUCAGUGAGUCUGGCAAACUCUGGACGUUACUCCUGUGCUCUUAGAGGACAUGAGGAUCACCCUUCCCCCUCAGUUUGUGUAAAUUGUUGGAGUGUGACAUACCCUGAUCAGAGUAUCUGUGCUGUGAAAGGAUCCUCAGUUGACCUGGGAUGUUCUUACUCAUAUCUGAAUGAUGUUCAAGUUACUGAAGCAUUCUGGCAUAGACCAGAUUCUAAAGAAGAUCUUGGUACGAAGCCAGAAUACGCUAACCGUGUGAAGUACCUCGGGAACAAAGAAAGCGACUGUACUCUGAGAAUAGAAGAUUUGCACGAGAGUGAUGCAGGAGAAUAUCGAUUCAGGUUUCUAACUACGGAUCCCAUCGUACAGUUCUCUGCAAGUCCAGGUGUCACCAUCUCAGUUGCAACUCUGGAGGUAAACAUGAGUCCUACCACUGUGACAGAGGGACAGCAAGUGGUCCUGACUUGCCGCUCCUCAUGUCCUGAUGACUCCAACCCCAGCUACAUCUGGUACCACAACACACGGCCUGUUACCCAACAGCCCUCAAUCAGUCACAACACACUGACACUGAGUUCAGUGAGUCUGGCAAACUCUGGCCGUUACUCCUGUGCUCUGAGAGGACAUGAGGAUCACCCUUUAACGUUAAUCUGUGUAAAUUGCUGGAGUGUGACAUACACUCAUCAGAGUAUCUGUGCUGUGAAAGGAUCCUUAGUAGAUUUGGGCUGCUCUUACUCAUAUCUGAAUGAUGUUCAAGUUACUGAGGCAUUCUGGCAUAGACCAGAUUCUGAAAAAGAUCUUGGCACGAAGCCAGAAUAUGAAAAUCGUGUGAGGUACCUUGGAAACAAAGAAAGUGACUGUACCCAGAGAAUAGAAGAUCUGCGGUUCAGUGAUGCAGGAGAAUAUCGAUUCAGGUUUCUAACUACAGAUCCCAUCAUACAGUUCUCUGCAAGUCCGGGUGUCACUAUCUCAGUUCCAACUCUGCGAGUAGAGAUGAGUCCCACUACAGCAAUAGAGGGACAGAGUGUGACUCUGACCUGCAGACCUUCCUGUGACCCUGGUAGCGGCAUCACCUUCAUCUGGUAUAAGCCUGUGACCAGUCAACCGAUAAUCAGUGGCAACACUCUGACUCUGAGCUCAGUCAGUAAGACAGAUGCAGGCAGUUACUCCUGUGCUCUGAAAGGACUUGAGAAUCAUCCUUCCCCUUCAGCCUGUGUUCUAAAUUGCUGGAGUGUGACCUACACUCAUCAGAGUGUCUGUGCUGCGAAAGGAUCGUCAGUAGAACUGGGCUGUUCUUACUCGUAUCCAAAUUAUGUUAAUGUCACUGAAACAUUCUGGCAUAAACCGGACGAUAGAUUGGAUCUUAGUACAAAGCCAAAAUAUGCAAAUCGUACCAAAUAUCUCGGAAACAAAGACAAUGGCUGUCCCCUGAGAAUAGAAGAUCUGCAGGAGAGUGAUACAGGAGAAUAUCAAUUCAGGUGUCUGACCACUAAACCUGGGGGCCGAAUGUCUGGAAUGCCAGGUGUCAUUAUGUCAGUUUCAACUCUGGAGGUAAACACGAGUCCUACCACUGUGACAGAGGGACAGCAAGUGGUCCUGACAUGCCGCUCCUCAUGUCCUGAUGACUCCAACCCCAGCUACGUCUGGUACCACAAUAGACUGCUUGUAAACAGCCAGCCGGCACUCACGAACAACACUCUGACUCUGAGUUCAGUGAGUCUGGCAAACUCUGGCCGUUACUCCUGUGCUCUGAGAGGACAUGAGGAUCACCCUUCACCGUUAAUCUGUGUAAACUGCUGGAGUGUGACAUACACUCAUCAGAGUAUCUGUGCUGUGAAAGGAUCCUCAGUAGACCUGGGCUGUUCGUACUCAUAUCUGAAUGACGUUCAAGUUACUGAAGCAUUCUGGCAUAGACCAGAUUCUGAAGAAGAUCUUAGCACGAAGCCGGAAUACGCAAAUCGUGUGAAGUACCUUGGAAACAAAGAAAGUGACUGUACCCAGAGAAUAGAAGAUCUGCGGUUCAGUGAUGCAGGAGAAUAUCGAUUCAGGUUUUUAACUACGGAUCCCAUUGUACAGUUCUCUGCAAGUCCAGGUGUCACCAUCUCAGUUCCAACUCUGAGGGUAGAGAUGAGUCCCACUACAGCGACAGAGGGACAGAGUGUGACUCUGACCUGCAGACCUUCCUGUGAUCCUGGUAGUGACAUCACCUUCAUCUGGUAUAAACCUGUGACCAGCCAACCGAUAAUCAGUGGCAACACUCUGACUCUGACCUCAGUCAGUAAGACAGAUGCAGGCAGUUACUCCUGUGCUCUGAAAGGACUUGAGAAUCAUCCUUCCCCUUCAGCCUGUGUUCUAAAUUGCUGGAGUGUGACCUACACUUAUCAAAGUGUCUGUGCUGCGAAAGGUUCAUCAGUAGACCUGGGCUGUUCGUACUCUUAUCCAAAUGAUGUUAAUGUCACUGAAACAUUCUGGCAUGAACCAGAUGAUCUAAUGGAUCUUAGUACAAAGCCAGAAUAUGCCAACCGUACCAAAUAUCUCGGAAACAAAGAAAGCAACUGUGCCCUGAGAAUAGAAGAUCUGCAGGAGAGUGAUACAGGAGAAUAUCAAUUCAGGUGUCUGACCACUAAAUCUGGGGGCCGAAUGUCUGGAAUGCCAGGUGUCAUUAUGUCAGUUUCAACUCUGGAGGUAAACAUGAGUCCUACCACUGUGAAAGAGGGACAGAGUGUGACUCUGACAUGCCGCUCCUCAUGUCCUGAUGACUCCAACCCCAGCUACAUCUGGUACCACAACACACGGCCUGUUACCCAACAGCCCUCAAUCAGUCACAACACACUGACACUGAAUUCAGUGAGUCUGGCAAACUCUGGCCGUUACUCCUGUGCUCUGAGAGAACAUGACGAUUAUCCUUCACCAUUAGUCUGUGUAAAUUGCUGGAGUGUGACAUACACUCAUCAGACUAUCUGUGCAGUGAAAGGAUCCUCAGUAGACCUGGGCUGUUCUUACUCAUAUCUGAAUGACGUUCAAGUUACUGAAGCAUUCUGGCAUAGACCGGAUUCUGAAGAAGAUCUUGGCACAAAGGCAGACUACACAAAUCGUGUGAAGUACCUUGGAAACAAAGAAAGUGACUGUACUCAGAGAAUAGAAGAUCUGCGGUUCAGUGAUGCAGGAGAAUAUCGAUUCAGGUUUUUAACUACAGAUCCCAUUGUACGGUUCUCUGCAAGUCCAGGUGUCACCAUCUCAGUUCCAACUCUGAGGGUAGAGAUGAGUCCUACUACAGCGACAGAGGGACAGAGUGUGACUCUGACCUGCAGACCUUCCUGUGAUCCUGGUAGUGACAUCACCUUCAUCUGGUAUAAGCCUGUGAUCAGCCAACCGAUAAUCAGUGGCAACACUCUGACUCUGAGCUCAGUCAGUAAGACAGAUGCAGGCAGUUACUCCUGUGCUCUGAAAGGACUUGAGAAUCAUCCUUCCCCUUCAGCCUGUGUUCUAAAUUGCUGGAGUGUGACCUACACUUAUCAGAUUGUCUGCGCUGCGAAAGGUUCAUCAGUAGACCUGGGCUGUUCGUACUCGUAUCCAAAUGAUGUUAAUGUCACUGAAACAUUCUGGCAUGAACCAGAUGAUCUAAUGGAUCUUAGUACAAAGCCAAAAUAUGCAAAUCGUACCAAAUAUCUCGGAAACAAAGAAAGCAACUGUGCCCUGAGAAUAGAAGAUCUACAGGAGAGUGAUACAGGAGAAUAUCAAUUCAGGUGUCUGACCACUAAAUCUGGGGGCCGAAUGUCUGGAAUGCCAGGUGUCAUUAUGUCAGUUUCAACUCUGGAGGUAAACAUGAGUCCUACCACUGUGACAGAGGGACAGCAAGUGGUCCUGACUUGCCGCUCCUCGUGUCCUGAUGACUCCAACCCCAGCUACAUCUGGUACCACAACAAACUGCCUGUAAACAGCCAGCCGGCACUCACUAAGAACACUCUGACUCUGAGCUCAGUGAGUAAGGCAAACUCUGGCCGUUACUCCUGUGCUCUGAGAGAACAUGACGAUUAUCCUUCACCCUUACUCUGUGUAAAUUGCUGGAGUGUGACAUACACUCAUCAGAGUAUCUGUGCUGUGAAAGGAUCCUCAGUAGACCUGAGCUGUUCUUACUCAUAUCUGAAUGAUGUUCAAGUUACUGAAGCAUUCUGGCAUAGACCAGACUCUGAAGAAGAUCUUAGUACAAAGCCAGAAUACGCAAAUCGUGUGAAGUACCUUGGGAACAAAGAAAGUGACUGCACCCUGAGAAUAGAAGGUCUGCGGGAGAGUGAUGCAGGAGAAUAUCGAUUCAGGUUUCUAACUACGGAUCUCAUCGUACAGUUCUCUGCAAGCCCGGGUGUCACUAUCUCAGUUCCAACUCUGCGAGUAGAGAUGAGUCCUACAGCAACAGAGGGACAGAGUGUGACUCUGACCUGCAGACCUUCCUGUGAUCCUGGUAGUGACAUCACCUUCAUCUGGUAUAAGCCUGUGACCAGCCAACCGAUAAUCAGUGGCAACACUCUGACUCUGAGCUCAGUCAGUAAGACAGAUGCAGGCAGUUACUCCUGUGCUCUGAAAGGACUUGAGAAUCAUCCUUCCCCCUCAGCCUGUGUUAUAAAUUGCUGGAGUGUGACCUACACUCCUCAGAGUGUCUGUGGUUUGAAAGCAUCAUCAGUAGACCUGGGCUGUUCAUACUCAUAUCCAAAUAAUGUUAAUGUCACUGACACAUUCUGGCAUAAACCAGAUGAUAGAUUGGAUCUUGGUACGAAGCCGGGAUAUGAAAAUCGUACCAAGUACCUCGGAGAUAAGGAAAGCAACUGUGCCCUGAGAAUAGAACAUCUGCAAGAGAGUGAUGCAGGAGAAUAUCAAUUCAGAUUUCUGACGAAUGACCCAAGUGGAAAAUUCUCUGGAGUGCCAGGUGUCACUGUCUCAAUUUCAACUCUACAGGUAGAGAUGAGUCACACCACAGUGACGGAGGGAGAGAGUGUGACUCUGACCUGCAGACCUUCCUGUGACAUUGGUGGCAACCCCGCCUUCAUCUGGUAUAGGAACCGCCAGCACAUCGCCAACCAACUCAAGACAUUUACUAUCAACCCAGUGAGGAUCACUGACUCUGGCCGUUAUUCCUGUGCUGUACAGGGAAAUGAGAAUUAUCAGUCACCUGCAGAGACCCUGGUUGUCCAGUACUCUCCCAAGAACACCUCUGUAUCGAUCAGUCCUCCUGGUAACAUUGUGGAAGGGGAUUCAGUGACUCUGACCUGCAGCAGUGAUGCCAACCCACCAGUGCACACCUACACCUGGUACAAGAUCAACAGCAAUGACACUGUCGUAGGAUCAGGACAAAACUAUGGCCUCAACAUCACCACACGUGCCAUAGGAUCCGGACAGACCUACAACUUCAACAAGAUAAACCCAGAGGACAGCGGACAAUACCGAUGUAGAGGGACAAAUAUAAUUGGAUACAGUGUCUCUCUGUCAUUGAAAGUGACUGUUUUAUACUCUCCAAGGAACACCUCUGCAUCAGUUAGCCCUCCUGGUAACAUAGUGGAAGGGGAUUCAGUGACUCUGACCUGCAGCAGUGAUGCCAACCCACCUGUGCACAACUACACCUGGUACAAAAUUGGAACGGGUGAAACUACCGUAGGAACAGCACGACAUUACAAUGUCAGCGAGAUAAGACCAGAGGACAAUGGACAUUACUACUGUCGAGUGGAGAACUCGAUUGGAUCCAGUAACUCCACCAUAUUGCAUGUAAAUGUGUCCUAUUCGCCAAGGAACACACUUGUAUCAAUCAUCCCCACUGGUCACAUAGAUGAAGGGAAUUCAGUGACACUGACCUGCACCAGUGAUGCCAACCCACCAGUGCACACCUACACCUGGUAUAAUGUUAACAGAAAAAAACCUAUAGGAUCGGGACAAAAUUACAUUAUCAACCAUAUAAGAGCAGGUGACUCGGGACAGUACUACUGCAGAGUGGAGAACUCGAUUGGAUCUAGUAACUCUGCACUAUCGCAUGUAAAUGUGUUCUAUUCCCCAAGGUACACUUCUGCCUCAAUCUUCCCCUUUGGCAAUAUAAAGGAAGGAGACUCAGUGACUCUGACCUGCAGCAGUCAUGCCAACCCACCGAUAAGCAACUACACCUGGUACAAGAUCAACAGGACUGAAAUGAUUGGAUCAGGAAAAAACUAUGGCAUCAUCAACGUACAUCCAGAAGACUCUGGGGAAUACUACUGCAGAGUGGAGAACACUGUUGGAUACAGCAAAUCUCUAUCAUUGCAUGUAAAUGUUUUAUAUCCCCCAAAGAACAUACUGGUGUCGGUCAGCCCCACUGGUAACAUAGCGGAAGGGGAUUCAGUGACUCUGACGUGCAGCAGCGAUGGUGCCAACCCACCAGCAAUCACCUACACCUGGUACAAGACCAACGGCAGUGGGACGGCGCCCAUUGGAUUCGGACAAGCCCAUGGCAUCAUCAAGACGACCAGAGAGGACACUGGCCAAUACUACUGCAGAGGGACCAACUCGGUUGGAUUCAAUGAUUCUACAGCGCUGUCCAUUGAUGUCUUCUACUCUCCAAGGAACACUUCUGCAUUGAUCAGCCCUCCUGGUAACAUAGUGGAAGGGGAUUCAGUGACUCUGACCUGCAGCAGUGAUGCCAACCCACCAGUAGUCAACUACACCUGGUACAAGAUCAACAGCAGUGACACUGCCAUAGGAUCAGGUCAAAACUAUGACAUCAUCAAGAUAACCACAGAGGACACUGGACAGUACUGCUGUAGAGGGACAAAUAUAAUGGGAUACAGUGACUCUCUGUCAUUGAAUGUGACUGUUUUGUACUCUCCAAGGAACACCUCUGCAUCAGUUAGCCCUCCUGGUAACAUUGUGGAAGGGGAUUCAGUGACUCUGACCUGCAGCAGUGAUGCCAACCCACCAGUGCACACCUACACCUGGUACAAGACCAACAGCAAUGACACUGUCGUAGGAUCAGGACAAAACUAUGAUAUCAUCAACAUCACUACAGAGGACAGUGGACAAUACUACUGUAGACCGGACAACUCAGUUGGAUUUCAUCAUUCUACACUGAUGUCCGUUGAUGUUUUAUACCCCCCAAAGACCACAUCGCUGGUGCUUAGCCCUCGAUCGUCAGAGGAACAUUCAGUGACUCUGGCCUGCAACAGUGAUGCCAACCCAUCAGUUCACACCUACACCUGGUACAAGAAGACUGAAAGUGGACCUGUUCUUCAAGAUACAGGGAAUACCAGUAGCUUAGUGUUGGGGACUGGAGACGAGGGGUUUUACUAUUGUGUCGCACGCAAUCAGUAUGGCUCUCACUACUCUCCUGACGUUGAAGUGACAUUUCCAGUUCCAGCUGGCCUGUAUGCAGCUGUGGGGAUUUUGCUGCUUGUGGCUGUCAUGGUGGGAAUGGUGCUUGUGUUUGUGUAUAGAAGAAGGAGACAGCCAUCCACUUGCAAUACAAGCCAGAAUGUGUACGAUACACAGGGAGACUGUAGCCCAAUCUACGACGACCUCCACAUGACAGAGCUGUCC